AUGGUAGGAGGCAGUUUCACCUUCCUAGCUGUUGACGGCACUGGUCGCCCUUCAGACCCUGCUAGUCGAGCCACUAUCCGGAGCCAGUGCAUGAAGGGAGUGAAUGUACGCCAAAACUCUCGACGUUCGAGAAGAAAGGCAAAAAAUAUAGAAGUACACUCUCAAGAAACUGCAGGACCAGAAACGAAGGACACCAGCAUCAUACGUCGUAAAGAAUCAUCGCUACACCGUACCUCGAGCCUUCGGAAUGAACGUCUUUACAGUCAGUUGUUCGGGUCAUUGAGUAUGAGUGUUGACGAUUUUGGCUUUGACUCUUCACUGUUUCCAUCCUCGAUAAUGCAAACUGUCAUGAAAUAUAAUAAUAUUAUCGAAUCAGUGUACCCACUAGACACAAGCCUCAACAUCCAAAAAUGGAUGAUCGAUGACUUCCAGUUCCUCUACCAAAACAAAACUCUACUAAGCGCAAUCUACCUCGCCACGCAUGCCGUAGAUGAUCUCCGCUGUAGUACGCGCCUCUCCUCCUGGACCCAGCAGCUACUCUGCAACAUCCUUUCUUCAUUGAAUCGGGAUCUGCAUCAAGCUGCAGGCCAACAGUCCUCAACGAUAAUGAUGACAAUCCUGAUACUAUUGUUCCCGGCCGAGGUAUUGCACGACUUUGGAGCUGUACGGUCGCAUCUUGAAGGAGUCAAAAGAUUACUUAUGAUCAGGGACAAUGUUCCGACAGGACUGGACGCGAAGCUUCUCUACAAGAUUCAGCAGUUCGAUCUGAGGCUGGCGUUGGCUUCUGGCCGGCCACUGCAUCUUGCACUGGAAUAUAAUGGUUAUCCGUUAUUACCGAUGCCACCAAUUGCAACGCCGGAUAUUCUUCAAAAACUCAAAGUGUACUCCCCAUGGGUGAUUGAAGCUUUCCAGAAUCUGGAGGCUCUUACACAAGAUAUAAAAGAUGCUAUGAUUGCAAGGAAUGAUCUAAUAUGGGCGGACUUCCAAUCACAGAUCAACGAUAUCCAGACACAGUUACUGGAUCCGAAUAACGAUUGCGCUGGUACAGAAGAAGCACUGAGGCUUGGGAUGCUUGCUUUUCUCACCACCCUUUCCCGAAGCCCCGUACGAAGACCACAACUACCAGAGCUUCAGGGACAAUUUGAAUCAAGCUAUACAGAGAUGCAAGACCAUAACAUGAAUCACAAGACGUUUGCUAUCUGGGUAAUGAUGAUGGGUUUCUUCUCGACGGUUGAGGUGUCGAACCCCAUAGUUGGAGAUCUCUGGGAUGUGGUAGUGGAUUAUGAUCUCUCUUGGGAGACAAUGCGAGAUAUGAUAUUGGCAGAAGACCUUCCCUGGAUUGACUUCAUUCAUGACGGGCCAGCGAAUGAGGCGUUUGUCUAUCUUCAAGCGCAAAGGACUCUACUAUAA